AUGGCACAGGCUGUCCAAGUCAGUCUGACAGUCCCCAGUGAUUUCCCCAGUCUCUGUGCGUUUGAUCGGUAUUUCCGUAGCCGCUCGCUGUCCAACAACAGAAGAAAUGUUUGGUUUGCCGAGUUUUGGGAGGAAAACUUCAACUGUAAGCUGGGGAUGCACGGUAAACGGCCUGGCAGCCUGAAGAAAUGCACAGGUUUAGAAAAAGUUGGUCGUGAUUCCAGUUACGAACAAGAGGGCAAGGUUCAGUUUGUGAUGGAUGCGGUGUACGCCAUGGCCCAUGCCCUGCACCGCAUGCACCGGGAGCUCUGCUAUGGAUACCCUGGCCUCUGCCCGCGCAUGGCCAACAUCGACGGCAAAGAGCUGCUCAGCCACAUUCGUGCUGUCAACUUCAAUGGAAGUGCCGGUACACCUGUGGUUUUCAAUGAGAAUGGAGACGCUCCAGGAAGAUACGAUAUCUUCCAGUACCAGAUCACCAACAGGUCCACUGCGGAGUACAGAGUCAUUGGAUCCUGGACCAAUAAACUGCACCUCAAAGUUGAGGCCAUGCGUUGGAAGACAGGUGACCCAUCCCUCCCACCCUCUGUGUGCAGCAUUCCGUGCCGUGCGGGCGAAAGGAAGAAAGUGGUCAAAGGUGUGCCGUGUUGCUGGCACUGUGAGCGCUGUGAGGGAUACAACUAUCAGGCAUCUGAAUUCACCUGUGAGCUGUGUCCGUACGAGAUGCGACCUGAUGUCAACCGCACCGGCUGCGUUCCCAUCCCCAUCAUCAAGCUGGAGUGGCACUCCCCCUGGGCCGUCGUCCCCGUCUUCAUCUCCAUGCUGGGGAUCAUCGCCACCUCUUUCGUCAUCGUCACUUUUGUCCGGUACAAUGACACGCCCAUCGUGCGUGCGUCGGGACGGGAGAUGAGCUACGUGCUGCUGACUGGGAUCUUCCUGUGCUACGCCAUAACGUUCCUGAUGAUCGCCACGCCGGAUGUGGGAGUGUGUUCGUUCAGGAGGAUUUUCUUGGGCUUGGGGAUGUGUUUCAGCUAUGCCGCGCUACUCACCAAGACUAACAGGAUACACCGCAUCUUUGAACAAGGGAAGAAGUCUGUAACUGCACCCAGGUUCAUCUCUCCGGCCUCCCAGCUCGUCAUCACCUUCUCACUCAUCUCUGUUCAGCUGCUUGGGGUCUUCGUCUGGUUCGCGGUGGACCCACCCCACACGGUCGUGGACUACGGCGAGCAGCGGACCCAGGAUCCCAUGGCGGCACGCGGCGUCCUCAAGUGCGACAUCUCAGACCUGUCCCUCAUUUGCUCCCUGGGUUACUCCAUCCUGCUGAUGGUGACGUGCACAGUGUAUGCCAUCAAGACGCGAGGCGUGCCCGAGACCUUCAACGAGGCCAAGCCCAUUGGAUUUACCAUGUACACCACCUGCAUCAUCUGGCUGGCGUUCAUACCCAUCUUCUUCGGCACGUCACAGUCCGCCGAGAGGAUGUAUAUCCAAACCACCACCCUGACCAUCUCUCUCAGCCUGUCGGCCUCUGUGUCUCUGGGGAUGCUCUACAUGCCCAAGGUCUACAUCAUCCUUUUCCACCCUGAGCAGAACGUACCCAAACGAAAACGCAGCUUCAAGGCAAUCGUGACAGCUGCCACCAUGUCGGGGAAACUGACCCAGAAGGGAGGAGACCGACCUAACGGAGAGGUUAAGACCGAACUAUGUGAGAGCAUGGAGACCAACAGUGACUUCAUCAACUAAGACGACAUAUGUCAGCUACAGCAAUCAUGCCAUUUGAAGGGACCACAGAAGAUUAAGGAAGGGAUUGGACAGGAGAGGGGGGCGUGUCUCGGGGCAGUGCCAAGUGAAAGAAGGAGCCGUCGUUCUUAGCCGAUUGGCUGAAGAACUGGCGGAAGGACAGAUCGCCCAAUGGAAUCCAAGCAUGAGACAUUUUGUAUUGUUCCACAUCAAACCACAGAGAGGUGGGACCACAUAAACAGCCAGUCAGUGUGCCUGCUUUCCCGCUGCUCACAGCUCAUUGGUCCUACCAUGAACUUACCUGUUUUAAAAAAAAGACACAACAUGAAAAAAGUGACGUACCAUAGGACACUGUGGUGGACAGAGUAACUAUUAAAACCUACAAAAAAAAACCAAAAAAAAAACAAACAAAAAAGAAUCAUGAAAAGAAAAAGAAAAAAGCUCUCAGAAACCAUGUAGACAUUAUAUCUAAAAGGGCAAAAGGUGGGGCCGGGAAGAGAUUUAACAGAAUACAUUUUAAAAGAUAUUUAAAAAGAGAAAUGUAAGAGAAAAUCUAUGAGACUCAAACAUGUUUGUUGUUAUUCUCUACUUGUAAGUAUUUUUGUGGUUGUGACGAUUUUUUCAUUCUUGUCUCACCGUUGUCUGAUGGAUCGCCCUUGCUUAAUGAGAUGAGUGUGUUUCCUCCUGCUGUCUUGGCUAACUGGGUUGUAGCCUUGGGUUGUGAACCUGUAAAAUGCCAUGGUUGAAGCAUGCCAGUUUUUAUACAAA